GUUUACUUUAAAUACUUCCAGAUCCAACCAGUAAAGCCAUCUUAAUUUUAUAUUAGAGAAUGAAAUGUUAAACAAUAUAUAUUCCUACAAAAGUUGUUAUAAAUUAAUUUCACAGUAUGAGAUCUAUGGAUGGAGAAUAGAAAAUUAUACCAUAGAAAAUGAUUUUGGAUUCAAUAAAAUAAAAGUAGAGUUAAAUUAUAUUCAAUAGAUUAAAGGUACCAAUAAAAUUUCCUGAUAGAAAGAAAGGUGAGAAAUUUCUGAGUUGUGUUAAAGAGAAAGUUGAAUAAUAAAAAAAAGAGCAUUAAGUAAAGGUUAAGUGAUUUAUUAUUAUAUAUAUUAAUUUUAUAUGAUACUUGAAUAUGCUGUAAUAAUUGUUAAUACAAGAUUAGUUAAAUGAAGAAGAUGAAUAUAAAAGAAUGACAAAUAUCACUCGAGGAUGUCAAUAAUUAGCAUAAUAAUUACCAUUCUAUGAAUCAUUUAAUAACUCUAAUUUAAUAAGAUAAUGUAUAAUUAUUAGUACUAUCAAGUAUUUUGUUGUUAUCCCUUUUAAGAAGAACCUGUAAGACUAUUACUCAAUAUAAUGAUGGAGAGAUUUCAAAAUCUUGAGUUUUUAAAUUGUUUACAUAAAGGUUUGAGUGAACUUUCCUUAUUACAAGAAUAAAAAACAAUGUUGAGUUGCAGAUCAGCUGGUAGAAGAAGAAAAAGUCAAUAAAAGUACUAAAAUUUAAUAUUAGGAAUAUAAAUUGAAUAAAGAUUGGCUAAAAAUGUAAUAGAAAGCUUAGUCAUAUCUAAACAAUUUGGAGUGACUUAUCUAAAACCAUUGUUUCUUUUAGUUUCUAAAUUGAAAUAAUCACUAGAAAGUAGAUGUGGAAUCUUCAUUUCAUUCUUAUACAAUACUAGAGAUCAAUAAGUUAUGAAAUUAUUAGUAGAUAUCUUUUAAGAUUGUAAAAAUGAAAUAUUUGGUGUUUGUACUUGGGUAAAUAGAAUAGAAGAUUAAUUUGACCAAUGUAUUUAAUUUAAUAAUUAAAAAGAUUUCUAUUAAAAUUAAAUUUUAAGAUCAUCUAAUUCUAUUUAAGUUGAUAUUGAAUAACAUGGUGAUCAAAGUGAUUCAAGUGAAUCUUCUAUUGAAAUUGAUCCCAAUGAAGAAAUAUAAAAAUGGAUAUGUUAAGAUGAAACACCUCUUGUUAAUGAAAAAUUGGAUUAUUUUAGAAGUCCUGAAUGUGUAGAGUUCAUUUUAAAAUACAUCUUUGACCCAAAUUAUUUCUCUACUAUUCAUGAAUGGGUAAUCAAAUAUUCUUUUAUAAUAAUAGUCUUAUCAUUAUAGUGAUUUAAAGAUUAAACAUAAUUAUAAAUCUAGAAAGCUUGAUUAAACUUAAGAAAUAGAUUAAUUAAGUCUUAUUCGUUCUAUGAAAACGUUAAAAUUGUUGAUGAAUGAAAAUAAUUAUACUCUAAUUAAUAAACUUGUUCCAUAAUUCAUUAUUAAAUUAUGUAUCAUAUUAAUAUAUAAUUAGUUCAUUGCAUUUAUGAUGCUUUAAAUGAUAAAGAUAAAAAUGUAGAUCUUAAUCAAAUUACUCAAUUGUUGGAUUUCUUAUUAUAAACUAAUCGAAGAUAAUCUAUUUUAUUAAUUAUUGAAUUAAAUUUGAUGUUUUAAUUUGUAUCAUUAAUGUAUAAUGAAAAUAUCGAAACACUUGUUUAAAGUAAAAAUAUAAUUAAUUAAUAUAUAGAAAUAAUCAUGGAUGAAUAUGAUAUGGGAAACUAUGUUUUUGAGUAAUUUUGGUUAUAUUUAGAAUGUACUAAUUGGAUAUAAUAUUUUUUAUUUAUGUCACUUAAAAUAAAAGUUGAUACUUUUAAAGCUAAUAAAAAUAAUUAAAGUGAUAAGACAGUUAAUAUUACAGGAUUAUUAAAAUCAUAAGUGAAUUUUGAUCGUUUUAGUAACAAUAAUGAAAUAGAUCUUAUUGAAAAGAAAAAACUAACUGAUUUUUUAGGAUAAAUGUAACCAGGAAAAAAUUACAUAUAGUAAUUUGGUAUGAAUUAAUUAAAUUGGCAUUUAAAUUAAGAUAUUCGUGAAUAUUUAUAUGCGAGUGAAAUUGAGGGAAAAGAUAUUGAUAAUUUUAGACUUUUUAUUAGUGAGAGAUAAAAAUAUUAAUCAACUGUUUAAAUUUUAUUAAGAGAUAAACAUUUUAUUUAAUAGGGUAUGAGAAAUGAUACUUUACAUAUAAGACCUAAUAGUAGAAGAAAAAUCAAAGAAACUUUGUAAAUAAAAGAUUUUACAAAUCAUUAAAUUGCUUAAACAAUAAAAUAAUUACCAAGACUUACAAUUGGAAAUUAAGAAUUAUCAAAAUGGAUUUAACCAUCUAAAAUUUCUAGUUAAGUUAGUAUAAGUUAAAUCCCAAGUAAAAGUCCAAAGCUUUAUCCAAUCAGAACAGAAUAAAGUGUUGAUAUAUCUUCAUUUUAUGAAGGAUUUUCAAGUGGAAGAUUAAGAGGAUUGUAUCCAAGUCCCAAAAUUUAAAUUCAAUCUAGUAGUUUUGAAAGAAAAGCAAUUAUAUAUACAUCUGAUAUAUCUUUAUUACCAUCUUGUAUUUCUAUUAUGAAAAUACUUGUUUAAAGUGUUUUUUAAAAUAUGGCUCAUUUAACUUAAACUGAUAAACGACAACAAUAACGAUUUAAAAUAGAAUAGGAUUUUAUUUUACCUUAAUUUUUUAAUAAAGAUAUUUUAACUUAAAUUUUUAGAGUAUACUUAUAUGAUAUUAUCAAUAAUGAUAAUUCUAUAUCAUAAAUUUCAUGUGAAUGCGGCAUAAUUAUAAAUGAAAUCUUUUUAAAUUGUAAAUAACAUUCUGAACUUCAUUCCUAUAAAAAAAUUUUAAAAGAUUGUUUUUAUGAGAUUGGAGAUUAUAUUUGUAAAGUUAUUGUUAAAUUGCAUGAUGAUUCAUCCUCUAAAUUUAAAAGAUUUCUAUUAAUUACAACUCUUUAAGAAGGUUUAAUGUUAUUUGGAGAAAAGUAAGAUACUCCAAAAAAUGUAUUUAGUUUAAUGAAUGAAACAAUGUUACAUUUACUUAUUGUUUGGUUUUUUGAUAGUGAUUAAAGCAAUUUAUAUUAAUAAACUUUUGUGAAGUAUUUUUUAAAUAUUUACUAGAUUAUUUUCGAUUAUAUUUUCAAGAGGUCCUUCCUAUCUACUAGGUAAUAUCUUAUUUAAACUUGGAUUAAUUAGUUCAUUACACAAUGCUUAUUUUAACUUUUUUGUAAAUAGUAUCAAAUUUACAAAUGGUGUCGAAAGUUUAUUCUAUUAUGUUAGUAUUCUUAUCUAUGCAAUUUAAAAAUCAAUAAAUUUAAGAAAAAUAUAAUCAAUUUUAAAUAAUUUAGAACCAUUAAAUUCUUGGAAAUCUUUAAGAGAUAUAUAAAUAGAUAAUAAUUCUCUAUUUGUAUAACAAAUUGAAUUAAUAAUUAUGGAUAAUGAUGGAAGAACUCCAAGAUAACUACUAAAAAAGAAAACAAUUACAAUUUAAAAUAAAAAUAUCAUCUAAGGAAGGAGAUCUUAAAUUACUAUGCUUACUAGUCAUAAGUAAAAAUAUAAAUAAAUUUAAAAGAUUUUCGAUGUAAUAAACCGCAACUAAUUUAGUUAACUUAAUAAAAGUUAAGGAUAAAUUAUUACUCAAUUAGAAAAAAAGUAUUAAUUUUUGA